AGGAACAUCGCAACCAAUACGUAAUACAUGUCCUUUAUUGUUUCUUCUCCUUUUUCUUUACGUGUUUUUUUCUUUCUUUACACUUAAUUACAAAAACAAGUUAAAAGCAACUAGCCUACUUUCUAAUCGUUGAAAAGAAGGACAUCACGGUUAGAAAAGUAGAAAUGCUGUCUUAAUUCAAUUUAUUUGAUUGACUUGGUGCAGAAAAAUCAAUGGAAGUCUUGGUCUUGCUCACUCUGUUUGUUCUUGUCGCUGAAGGUGUGGUUGGAUCGAACUUGGUGUCAGUGAUGGAGGGAGUUUCUGUCACUCUAAAAAGUGAUGUUACCAAGCAAGGACGUGACAAGAUGCUGUGGUAUUUUAACGACACUCUCAUUGCCCUGAUCAAUGGAGAUCCUACUAAGAGUUGUCUGUACGAUGGUGAAGGCGGGGUAUUCAGAGGCAUACUGAAAGUGGACUUUGAGACCGGAUCUCUGACCAUCACAAACAUCAGACCUGAACACACUGGACGCUUUGAAGCAAAUUUCAUCAAAAGCAAGAGCUCAGGAACCAGCCAAAGCUUGAACCGAAACGGCAAGUGUGACAGCACAAAAGUCAUCAAAAAAAUGAUCAACAUCGGCGACACCGUAAAGACAUUCAGUGUGUCCAUCAGUGAAUCAGACAAUGUGGAGAAGAAACAAGAGCGUGAAAGGGAUUCAGGUCUGUCUUCAGGUCUUAUAGCGGGAACAUGUGCUGGUGUUGGUGGUGUUCUGCUGCUGGUUGCAGCUGUUCUUGGUGUGAUUUACUAUCGUCACAGGAGCUCUAAAAUGGAAGACAUUGAGAAAAACAAGUUUGAGCAGCUGUUGAAUGUUCCAGUAUGAGAAGGACAAAGGCCACCUAACCUGAGAGGAUAUCAACAGGAUCGGUCAAAAAAAGAAAUCUGGAUAAUGGAUCCCCUUAGAUGUUUGAAAUGGGGGGUGCACAAAUGCCAUGUCUUUGUUUGAUCGGAGUUGAUCUGAAGCCAAUAGCAACAUUUUGAGUUUUAAUAAGAUCUGACACCAGUGCUCUUCUUUUCCUCGAUCACUGAUGUGAAGUGAUGAUCACUAUUUAAUGUUUUAAACUCAAUCUACGAAAUAUACUACUUCAUUAUAAAGAAAAA